ACCCUGAACGCGCUCCUGAGACAGAAGGGUCAGGCAGCGACAGAGGGGCCCACCUGGUCGCUGAGCGGUAACCAAGGCGACCACUGGAAACAGGCCAAAGUUAGCAUCCACCCAACCGCUUCUUUCCAGGUGAGUAAGACCUUGUGUGAUUGGACGAUUCGGGAGUCAGUCAGGGGAAGAAUCCCAACUUAGUCUAUGUCUAUAACAGCAAUAUCUCUCUCCAUUUCUCUCUCUCCCUCCAUCUCUCGCUUUUUCUCCCACCUCAGGUGGUGCUGGAGGGUAUCCGAGGUCCUGGCAUUGAGGGGGACAUCGCAAUUGAUGAUGUCACCCUAGAGGAGAGAGAGUGUAGAGAUAUACCAGCCAUUAGUGAGUACAAAAACAUAGGAGGACUUUAUCCC